UCCGGGCCUCACAAGUGCCCACUCUCUGAAAACCCUACUAUAAAGCAUCACCAUCUCACCCCCAAAAGCACCUCGAAGGAGAGCUCAGAUCUCCUUGCUCGGUACUCUAUAUGCUUCCGGCAAAGAGAAGCGGCGGAGCUGAAGACGGAGCAGCGGCGGCGAUCGGAGGCGAAGGAUCAUCGGAGGCGAAGAGAUCGAAGGGGCUGAGCAGCGGAGGAGGAUCGUCGUCGUCGAGGUCUGUGAACGGGAUGGAGAUCGAUGCGCCGGCGGCGGCGAGGAAUGGCGGAGGCGGAGCUCCGGCGGAGAUCGACGAGGAUCUCCAUAGUCGGCAGCUUGCUGUUUACGGACGGGAGACGAUGAGGAGGCUGUUUGGUUCGAAUGUUUUAAUUUCGGGGAUGAACGGAUUGGGCGUUGAGAUCGCAAAGAACCUUGUGCUUGCGGGUGUUAAAUCUGUCACCCUGCAUGAUGAAGGGAACGUUGAAUUGUGGGACUUAUCUAGCAACUUCUAUUUCUCUGAAGAUGAUGUAGGCAAGAACCGAGCUCAUGCUUGUGUCCUGAAGCUGCAAGAACUUAAUAGUGCAGUCUUAGUUUCUGUCUUGACAGGACCUUUGUCAAAGGAUCAGCUCUCUGAUUUCCAGGCUGUUGUAUUCACCGAUAUUAGCUUGGAAAAAGCAAUUGAAUUCAACGAUUAUUGUCAUAGCCACCAACCCCCAAUUUCCUUCAUUAAAUCUGAAGUUCGAGGCCUAUUUGGGAGCGUGUUUUGCGACUUUGGUCCAGAAUUCACUGUUGUAGAUGUUGAUGGAAAGGAACCUCAUACAGGUAUAAUCGCAUCCAUCAGCAACGACAACCCUGCACUCAUAUCUUGUGUUGAUGAUGAGCGCCUCGAGUUCCAAGAUGGAGAUCUUGUGGUAUUCUCUGAGGUUGAGGGGAUGGUUGAACUAAAUGAUGGCAAACCUAGAAAAAUUAAGGUUGCAAGACCUUUCUCCUUUACGCUUGAAGAAGAUACCACCCAGUUUGGUGCAUACAUCAAAGGUGGAAUAGUCACACAGGUAAAGCAGCCCAAAAUUUUGCGAUUUAAACCUCUCAGAGAUGCUCUCAAGGAGCCAGGGGAGUUUCUUCUUAGUGAUUUCUCUAAGCUAGACCGGCCACCUAUGUUACACCUGGCUUUUCAAUCUUUAGAUGCAUUUCGAAACGAACAGGGACGUUUCCCUAUUGCUGGAUCUGAGAAAGAUGUGAAGACACUAAUAGUUCAUGCUAAUUCUAUCAAUGAGAAACAGGGAGAUCUCAAGGUAGAACAGAUUGAUGAGAAGCUUUUCCGCCAGUUUGCCAGUGGUUCCAGGGCCGUAUUAAAUCCUAUGGCUGCAAUGUUUGGUGGCAUUGUUGGCCAAGAAGUAGUAAAAGCUUGCUCUGGAAAAUUCCAUCCCCUUUUCCAGUUCUUUCACUUCGAUUCAGUUGAAUCCCUCCCUACCGAACCAUUAGAGGCUGAUGAUUUGAAGCCAUUAAACAGCCGAUAUGAUGCCCAAAUUUCUGUGUUUGGAUCCAAGCUUCAAAAGAAAAUGGAAGAUGCCAAAGUUUUCAUAGUUGGAGCCGGCGCUCUUGGGUGUGAAUUCCUGAAGAACCUAGCCCUAAUGGGAGUAUGCUGCAGUCAGAAAGGAAAGCUAACAAUAACAGAUGAUGAUGUCAUUGAAAAGAGCAAUCUCAGUCGCCAGUUUCUGUUUCGUGACUGGAAUAUUGGGCAGGCUAAGUCUACUGUGGCUGCUUCAGCUGCGGGAACAAUCAAUCCUAAUCUCCAUGUCGAACCUCUUCAAAACCGGGCAAGCCCAGACACAGAAAAUGUGUUUGAUGAUGCUUUUUGGGAGGGACUGGAUGUUGUUAUUAAUGCACUGGACAAUGUGACUGCCAGAUUAUACAUGGACAUGCGGUGUUUGUACUUCCAAAAGCCAUUAUUGGAAUCAGGAACUCUAGGAGCCAAAUGUAACACGCAGAUGGUUAUACCUCACCUCACAGAGAACUAUGGUGCUUCCAGAGACCCUCCUGAGAAACAAGCACCUAUGUGCACUGUUCACUCUUUUCCCCACAACAUUGAUCAUUGCCUAACAUGGGCCAGAUCUGAGUUUGACGGGUUGCUUGAGAAAACACCCAAUGAAGUAAACACUUUCCUCAACAAUCCUCAGGAGUAUGCUUCUUCCAUGAGAAGCGCUGGUGAUGCACAGGCUAGGGAUCUGCUUGAGCGUGUUAUUGAGUGCCUAGACAAGGAUAAAUGUGACACAUUCCAAGAUUGCAUCACUUGGGCAAGACUUAGAUUUGAGGACUACUUUGCCAAUCGCGUCAAGCAGUUAACUUAUACUUUCCCCGAGGAUGCUGCAACAAGCACCGGUGCAUUAUUCUGGUCUGCUCCAAAACGUUUCCCCCGGCCAUUACAGUUUUCCUCCAGUGAUCAAAGCCACGUUAACUUUGUUAUGGCUGGUUCUAUUCUGAGAGCAGAGGCAUUUGGAAUUCCCAUACCUGAGUGGGCCAAGAACCCACAGAAGUUGGCUGAUGCUGUUGAUAAGGUGAUAGUCCCUGAGUUCCAGCCCAAGAAGGGAGUUAAGAUUGUUACAGAUGAAAAGGCUACUAGUCUCUCCACUGCCUCUGUUGAUGAUGCUGCUGUCAUUAAUGAUCUCAUCGUUAAGCUCCAAGGCUGUGCACAGAAGCUUCCCUCUGGAUUCCGGAUGAAUCCAAUUUUGUUUGAAAAGGACGAUGACACAAACUAUCACAUGGACUUCAUAGCCGGCCUCGCUAACAUGCGUGCAAGAAACUACUCCAUACCUGAAGUCGACAAGCUCAAAGCCAAGCUCAUUGCCGGGAGAAUCAUCCCUGCAAUCGCCACCUCCACUGCUAUGGCCACCGGUCUCGUUUGCCUCGAGUUCUACAAAGUCAUCGCGGGUGGCCACAAGGUUGAAGACUACUGCAACACCUUUGCUAACCUCGCUCUCCCUCUGUUCGCCAUGGCCGAGCCGGUCCCUCCCAAGGUGAUCAAGCAUCAAGACAUGAGCUGGACCGUUUGGGACCGUUGGAUGAUUCAUGGUGACCUAACCCUAAGAGAGCUCCUUCAAUGGCUCAAGGAGAGAGGGCUUAAUGCUUACAGUAUUUCCUGUGGUACGUCGUUGCUUUAUAAUAGUAUGUUUCCUAGGCAUAAGGAGAGGAUGGGUCGGAAAGUUGUGGAUGUUGCGAAGGAGGUUGCGAAGCUGGAGGUGCCGCCUUAUAGGCGUCAUUUCGAUGUUGUGGUGGCUUGCGAGGAUGACGAUGAUAAUGACAUUGAUAUCCCGCUGGUGUCAAUUUACUUUCGUUAGAGAUUUUAGGUCGGAUAACAUAUAUAAUGGAGAUAUUACCAUGAGAGUUUAAUAUCCAAGAAGUAGAUUUCGUCCACAAGGAUUUUUCAUGUUAAUGUUGUUCUAUGUUGAAGUUUUAUAUCGUUCUAAUUUUUAUGCUUGGUAGUCCAGUUUCCGGGUCGUUUU